AUGGAGGCGGGGACAUCAAAAGGCGAGUGGAAGAGCGUGGCGAGGACUGAAGCGGGGAGGAGGCCCUAUGUGGCUGCAGGUAACGGUGAGCCAAGAAGCAAGCAGGGUAGUGGACGAGUGCUUCAGAAGAUUGCUGGUCCUUCAAGCCAAGCAGGCUGGGGAGGUAGCAAUAGCGAGAGCAGGGCGUGGGAGACAGAGAAAACAGCCACGGGGAGCGAAUUGGCGUGGGAAAAGGCAAUUCUGGCGGCGCAGGUAGAUGCAGCGCCAGGCUCCUGGAUGGGAUGUCGAGGUGGAGGUGCGUGCAGCGGGGAGGGGUGGGUGGGUGAGGAAGAGGCGCGCCGGGUCCGCGUCAGCCACAAAGUCGGACCAGCGGCCCCCGAGUCCUGUCCUGUCCUGUCGGUACGAAACCUUGGUCGUCUAUGGACGGAGGGUCGCGGACAGCAAUGUCUCCAUCUAGACAUGUGCCUUGCCAGCAGCGAGCCUAGCCUGGCUCAGCUCGUCCCAGCUCGCGCCCACCGAGUCGCCUUUGCCUUUGCCUUUGGCACCACCAGCGCUUUGCCCGUGCCAGAGCGGGCACUACUGCUGCUACCUGUGGCCCUGCGGUUGCUUCUUUGCGCUCCUCGUCCCCGUGGCCACUCACCAGCAAGCCAGGCGAGCGAGCACCGCGAGCAAUGGAGCAAGCGAGUCUUCCCUACUGCCGUUGCGGGUCUAGCUGUAUUGUUAAUAAUUAUCCUUUCCCUCGCACACUUGGACUGGAUCGGCUGGCUGGCUGGCUGGCUGGCUGGCGCUCUCGUCUCCAUUGCUCGCGUGUGUGUGUGGGUGGAUGGACGUGGGCAUGUACCUACUACAUACGUACCAGCAUCCAGUUCGACGUGUUGUUGUCUAGCGCCUCCGCCCUCCGCCUUCCGCCCUCCCCUCCCCCCUCUGAUCGCCUGCACACGUGACUGCGUCACUCCCACUACCACCACAGCUUCAUCCCGGCCCGCCGCCUCCCAUUGCUCGCUGCCACGUCUCGAAUGCACGCCUCGUAGUCGCACUGCAAAAACUUGUUCUUUUGACCGCCAGCCUGGUCGCAGAUUCAACAUGAAAAUUGCUUUGUGGGCGAUCACUUGCGGUCUGGGACUUGACAGCCCUUCACACUGUGCUUUUUCGCUUCCUCACAAAUGCACCCAAGAACCACACCUCUCACCGUCUUCUGCACGGCCCUGCCCUUGCUUCGACUCAAGCCUGGGGCCUCUGCGGCAAUAUGCCGCUGCGACUAGAGCAGUGUGA